AUGAUAAAAUAUAAUGUUAAAAAAUAUUUUUUUUACAGUUUAUAUGAUAAUGAAAAAUCGACUGAUUUCGAUGCCAUUGUGUAUACUCAAUCAUGGCCAAAAGCUGUUUGUAAUAGAUGGAAAAAAGAAUCACCAUCAAAUUUAUGUUCACUUCCUCCUCAUGAUAACUGGACAAUUCAUGGAAUCUGGCCUUCAUUCUAUAAAAAAGAUGGACCAAAUUAUUGUCCAUCUACAGUCAAAUUUGAUAUCAAUAAAAUUUCUUCAAUUGAAAAUCAAUUAAAAAUAAAAUGGACUGAUGUACAUGGAAAUAUUGAUGAUGACAAUUAUUUUAGUUUUUGGAAACAUGAGUGGGAUAAACAUGGUACAUGUGGAAUUAAACAUAAAAAAUUAAAUUCAGUUUUUAAAUAUUUUCAAACAGGACUUGAUCUUGCUCAUGAAUAUGAUAUUAAAAAAAUUUUAACAAAUGCUAAUAUUGAACCAGGAAAGAGUUAUGAAAUUGAAAGUAUUCUUAGUAAAAUUAAUAAUAUUUUGGGUAAACGUAGUCGUGUUACCUGCUUCAUGGACAAGGUAAAAAUUAUUUUUUAAAAUUUAUAUAUAACCUUUGAAUUAAAUAAUAAAUAAAA